AUGGCCGAACAGAACGAAAAUACGUCGACGAAAAAGAGUGUCAAAAUUCAGGACUACAUUUCGCCGGGUAUUUCGCGAGAGCGAAGUUUUAUACGCACCUCUAACCAACAGCCGCUAUUUGAGAUCAAUAAUAGCAACAAACGGCGCAGUUUGGCAUUCACCCAAAGUCAGGCCCACCAACACGCCCAACAGCAACUACGCGAGGGUCGCCUGGACGGGCUGUCGGGCAUGAACAACAAGCUGAACGUGCACGCGCAGGAAUUUCAGAUGAAUAACCUUCCCCUUAACGACCAUCGGUUUCCAUUGCAAAGCUCAAGGUCGCUGAACAUCUACAGCAGCGCCCUGCAGCACUCGAAGUCAAGUGUCGCGAUGCCGUUGGGUGGUAUGCACGGUCGGCAGCAUCAUGCACUGCAGCUCGGUAGCAUCGGUAGUCCCGUCCCGAGGGGAUCACUUAUGAUGCCCAACCAUACGCCACUCCACCACGUCGGGGUGCAGAUGCAACCGUCACAUAUGCCGCUGGUAAAUUCACCCUCUAGCAGCAACAUUCUUCACUCCAGCGGGCCACGCGUUAAGUUCGCGCCGGAACCGAUGCUUCACGCAACAGCACACGCACACAGCAGCAACACGCCACAUGCCACCACCAUCAACAACAGUGCCGUUGCGGGCGGUGCCAACAACAAUAACAACACGCAAUUGAAUCUGGCCCCUUUGCAGCGCUCGAAGUCCCUGUCGUCGGCGGAUACGUUGACCCGCGGGUUGGCCAGCCUCGGGCUCGGCAUCGGGUCGGAAGCAAGCGAUAUCGGUAUGUUCUCGCCGGAAGUGCAAGCCGCCAUCAACAGGGCGAUCGAGGAUCCGAACCAGCUGAAUGCGCGCUGUUUGAUGGAUCUGGCCGCACAGCUGCUUCACCGUGCCGUCGAAGGACGUCGCUACUCCUUGCCCAUAUCGCGCCUGUGCAUUUCAAUCAUUGCAAAGGAGAAAAAGGAAACAUUUCUCGAGGCGCUGCUCAACACCUGCCGCCAAUGGUACCAGGAGCGGGACAAGGUGCUCGGUGCGAUGCAAAACUCGAAGAACCCAUCCCGUCCACGGUUCACCUCGUUCAUGGCGUUCCUCACGGAGAUGUUCUGUCAGCUGAAGCGGCGUCAGCUGCAACUUCGCACCGAGUGUGACGGUGUGCCGCCACCGCUGGUGCUGCUUACCGUCCUCGGCAAAUGCUGCGAAGAUUGCGUUCAACCACCGGUCCGGUCACUAUCCGAGAUUGAAUGUUUGUUCUUUGUGCUGACCUGUAUUGGGCGCGAUCUGGAGACGCACCUGCCGCAGCAGCUCGAGUCCCUGCUGGCCGGAGUUCGUGAUGCGUUCCUCAACUCCGCCGCCUCAGCACCAGCCAUCCGGCGCACACUGCUACAACUGAUCGAGCUGCAGGCGUCCCACUGGCAGCUACCCGGAAACACUGUCCUCUACUAUUAUCCCUCCUCCAAGUAA